AUGUCAGCGCCGUCCAAAAAGAUCGCCCUGAUAACAGGCUGUUCCGCCGGCGGCGUCGGCGCCGCCUUCGCAUCCGUCUUCGCCGCCAACCCCAACUACCACGUUUACGCCACCGCUCGCAAUACCUCCAAGAUCCCGCAGUCGCUGCAUGAGACCAGCAGUGUGACAGUACUGGCGCUCGAUGUAACGUCUUCUGAAUCCAUUGCGGCGGCAAUUGAGGCUGUGAGAGCGAAGACGGGCGAGAGGAUGGAUGUUCUGAUAAAUAACGCCGGCGCAGGCUGGAAUGCCCCAGCCCUCGAUGCCGAUAUCCAGGAAGCGAGGAGGGUGUUCGAUGCGAACUUCUUCGGCCCAUUGGAAGUGGUGAAAGCAUUUGGACCGAUGCUGGUGAACGCCCACGGGUGUUGCGUCAACAACUGCUCAGUGGGUGGCGUCGCAGGCUUUCCGUUUGGCUCCAUCUACUCCGCCAGCAAAGCCGCCCUCAUCAACGCUGGCGAAGUCUGGCGUCACGAGCUGGCUCCGCUCAACGUCCGCGUGCUGACGCUCGUGACUGGCGGCAUAGCGACCAAGUUCCUAGAAAACCUCCAGCCCGUCGACCUUCCUGAAGGCUCGUACUAUGCCGGGAUCAAGGACAUCAUUGAGAAACAGGAGGAGAACAUCUCCUUCGCCCAAGAGCCGGAGAUUUUUGCGCAAGAUCUGUUGCGAAGGGUCGAGGCUGGGCAGAGAGGCAAGAAAUGGGUGGCUGGAGGGGCGUCGCUGAUGAAAUGGGUGCAUUGGCUGGCGCCUCAGUGCGUGAUUGAUCGCAUCUUCACGGAGUUCAAGUCGUUUCAAAAAAAGCUGUCAGCGCAGCAUCAGCAACGAAUGGCGGAGGAGAGCAAGAAGGUAGCCUAA